AUGGCCCUCACCGCCACCGCUGCCACGGCCAAGAUCUCGGUCCAAGUGCAUCGCAACUUGGAAAUCGCCAAGCAGUCGAAUAUCGUGGUGAAAUUUUACUGUGACGAGGCCCUCACCACCCACCACCGCCGACUCAAGGGCGGCGCAAAAGCGUCUCGCACCGAAACCAUCGAGUCGCUGGUUAAUUCGUUGAAAGAGCAUACCACCACGUCUCAGGCGUCGGUCAAGUCGCUCCUGGCCAACCAAGUUGAAUCAACGGCUGUGGCAGUGGCCACGACAUGGAUCCAAUGUUCUAUGUACAUCAACAACGCCCCCACCGACCUCGUCCACAAGUUCGCGGCGUUGCCGGAAGUCAAAUCCAUUUACGAGGCAGUUAUGAUGGAACUCAGUCAAACCAAAAGCGAUGACAAACCAGCAAGUGCUGCUAAUGAUAUCAAGGGCGAAGGCAUUGUCGUGGCCAACAUCGACACAGGUGUUCACCAUAUCCAUGAGUCGUUGGAGUCGAACUGGCGAAGAGAAUACGGUUGGUUCAACCCGUACAACAAGACGAACCAGCUGCCCAGCGACACGGAUGGCCACAGCACUCACGCCAAGUGGAUUGCGUGCAAAGGGUGCGAGGACCGUAUGGUGGUGCAAUGCGAUCAUUUCCUGCUUUGUCCCCACGACAAAGACGGCAACAACUGCGACUCCAGCAAGGCCCCCCAUGUGAUCAACGACAGCUUUGGAGAGCACCGCACGGACAAUGUGAAGAGAAGCGGGAAUCAUUCCCGUGUUUGCGAAUGGCAACAAAGGCUUAAAGGCUGUGCGUAUUCAAGUUAUCCUGCUGCGUGCCCUCAAGUGAUUACUGUCGGCUCCACUAACUCAGGCGAUUUUUUGGCGUUCGAUUCAAGUUUGGGACCAUCCGUGAGGAAGCGCGGCAAACCCGACAUUUCGGCUCCUGGUGUCAGCAUCCAUUCGGCAGUACACUUCAGUGACAAUGGUUUCAUCCGGGAAUCUGGUACGAGCAUGGCCGCGCCUCAUGUUUCUGGAGCCAUCGCCUUGUACUUGUCUGCCAACAACGGCGCCUCGUACGACCAAGCGUACGCGGCCUUGACCGAGAAUGUGGACACGGAUACGUUAUAUCCACCCAACAAGACCUGCGGAGGCAUUACCAACACGAAAUAUCCCAACAAACUCUUUGGCUUCGGCCGCUUGAACAUCUAA